GUGCCAGCUGAGGUCACGAUGUGUCACGCUGUCACGGUCUGUCUUAUCAUCGCGGCGGCCUUGUCGCCACACGCAUGUCAGAGGAAGGUCUGUCCAGAUAAGCCGCCUGUGCAGAUUUUCAGAUAAAACGCGCAAAGUAAGAGCGGAAGGAUUAUUCUAAAGCCGGCUGGAAAAGCUUAAUGUGCCUCAGUGCUGCGAGACAAAUUGUUUUUUUUUUUUUUCUUUUAAAUGUGUGUAAAUUGUAGGUUGUCUGUUAUUGAGGGGGAGGGUUGAAAUCUGGGGUGUCGUCCUCGACACCAGUGGCCAUUACUUUGAAUGGGAGUUGUAAUGGUCUCACAUUGACACUGAGGUGUUGGUAAACGUGUGGGAGGGACUUUCAAAUAGGUCCUCCUGUCACUCGCCAUCAAGCUCUCCUUCAGCCAGCACUGCGUCUUUGAAGCUCCUGAGCUCCAGUAUGUCCAAGCGGCGUGCGUCGGAGAGAGGGGCCGGAGAGACCUCAGGCAGGGCCAGCAAGCUGCAUUGUCCUGGGAUAUCUGGCAGCAAUGCCAAGCGAGCUGGGCCAUUCAUCCUGGGGCCUCGUCUGGGCAACUCACCAGUGCCCAGUAUAGUGCAGUGUCUAGCCAGAAAAGACGGCAGCGACGACUUCUAUCAGCUCAAAAUCUUGACGCUAGAGGAGCGAGUGGACUCUGCUGGCGAGACACAGGAGGAGCGGCAGGGGAAGAUGCUGCUGCACACCGAGUAUUCCCUCCUGUCACUGCUGCACAACCAGGAUGGAGUGGUGCAUCAUCACGGCCUCUUCCAGGAUCGAGCCUACGAAAUAGUGGAGGACACGGAGGCCAACAAGGUGCGCAAGAUGAAGAAGCGCAUCUGCCUGGUGCUGGACUGCCUGUGCGCCCACGACUUCAGCGACAAGACGGCUGACCUCAUCAACCUCCAGCAUUACGUCAUCAAGGAAAAGCGGCUGGGCGAGCGCGAGGCCAUCAUCAUCUUCUACGACGUGGUCCGCGUGGUGGAGGCCCUGCACAAGAAGAACAUCGUGCACCGAGACCUCAAGCUGGGCAACAUGGUGCUAAACAAACGGACGCACCGGAUCACCAUCACCAACUUCUGCUUAGGAAAGCACCUGGUGAGCGAGGACGACCUGCUGAAAGACCAGAGAGGAAGUCCGGCCUAUAUCAGCCCCGACGUGCUGAGCGGCCGCCCGUACCGCGGUAAGCCCAGUGACAUGUGGGCUCUGGGCGUGGUUCUGUUCACCAUGCUGUACGGCCAGUUCCCCUUCUACGACAGCAUACCUCAAGAGCUCUUCCGCAAGAUCAAGGCCGCAGAGUACUCCAUCCCAGAAGACGGCCGCGUGUCGGAGAACACGGUUUGCCUCAUCCGCAAGCUGCUGGUGUUGGAUCCUCAGCACAGGCUGACUGCAGGAGAGGUGCUGGAGUCCCUCAGUGACAUCAUCGCCUCCUGGCAAUCAGUUUCAUCGCUGAGUGGCCCCCUGCAGGUGGUGCCGGACAUUGACGACCAGGUCAACCACCCAGAGCAUCUACAAGAGGCCAAGGUGACGGAGGAGUCGUCGCAGUACGAGUUCGAGAACUACAUGCGGCAGCAGCUCCUGCUGGCGGAGGAGAAGAACAGCAUCCACGAGGCCAAGAGCUUCCUCAGCAAGCGGCAGUUCGGCAGCCUCCCCCCGGUCAGGCGGCUCGGCCACGACGCCCAGCCCGUCAGCCCGCUGGACGCCGCCAUCCUGGCGCAACGCUUCCUGCGCAAGUAGCCCUCGGCAAAACGUCCCCCAGAACCCAGGAGGACGUGAACUGAGGACGUGAACUGGUCCAGGGUGUCCACCGCCCUCGUGUGGGUGUGUGUGGGACCUGAUGGUGCAAGCGGACAAACUGCAAAUGCAAAGACCCAAAGGUCGCUUUGCUCUCACUGUGGACCCCAGCCCCCCCCCCGACAUUUUCCUCUCCUCUCACCUGUCCGUGUUGGAACUCUUCAGCAAUACUGGACCAGAAUCAUGUAGCAGCCCCUCCCCCAUUCCACCUUCCUUCCUUCCUUCCUGUCCUGGGAAAAUAAGUCUGUACUUUCAAAUCAAUCUACCUCUCUGAUCUUCUCUUCUGUUGGUAAGCCACGCCCACUGUUCUGAGACCACACCAGUGACAUCAAGCGUCCACGUUCCUGAUGCCUGGGAAAUCACGGGAAAAAACGAAUAAGCUUUUUUUUUUUUUUUUUUUU